AUGGUCAUUCACGAGUUCGAGGAGAUAUCUAUGCCGGUUUUCGACACCUCGCGACCGAACCCUUACCUCACAUUCCUCAUCGUCUCCACACCGACCGACCGCCGGCGACGAAUUCCCUCCGACCGUCCACGCUCCGAUCACCGGUGUCUCGCUCGCUCCGUUCGUCGCCCUCUCUCUCUCAAUCGCGACUGCAACCCUAACCCCCAAAGUCACGGAACUCCGACCACCACCGACGAACGCCUUCGUGCACCUUCCACCACCGACGAACGCCUUCGUGCACCUUCCACCACCGUCACCAUCUCCGUUCGUCUCUUCCGACCAUCCACCACCGCGACCUGCUCUCCGGCGAACUCGGCUCCUCCAAUCGCCCACAGUCGCUCGUCCCGAUUCGCCGCUAUCUCUCCUAAUCGCUACAGCUCCCGCCUAGCCUCCGCCGUCCCUUGCUCCUCUCUGGCCCGCGCCAUAACACCUCCGUCCACCAGCACCGCCGGCGUCCGACUCCUCUGA